AUGAAGGCUUCUUUUAUUAUUAAUUUAUUAUCAAUAUUUCAUUUUCUAAUUUAUUGUGAAUAUAAUAAAACAACAACAAUAGAAUCUAUUGAUGAGGUAAAUAUUUCAAAAGAAUUAUUAAUUUCUAACAAAUACUUUGAAAAAUGUAAUGAUAAUAAAGAAUGGAAAAAAUGUUCUAAAGUUAUAAAAUUAAAGAAACAAGAAUUUUAUGUAUCACCCAAAAAUAAGUUGUCAGUUUGUGUUAUUCAAAAAAAUUUUAGUUCAAUGAUGAUUGCUAUUAUGUGUUACCUGUUUAGUGAAAAAAGAUUUAAAUUAAAAAAUAAACAUUUAGCUGAUAAUAGAUGGGAUAAUAAAGAGUGCACUAGACAUAAUUUUGCCAACUCUACCUGGAGCGUGAUUAAAUAUUUUAAUAAAAGAAAAAGAAAAAAUUUUUUUAAAAAUUGGAAGUCUAUUAUAAUUAUUAGAGAACCAAUUGAAAGAUUUAUAAGUGGAUAUGUACAUCAUUGCUCAAAAAGCAUAGGAAAAUUCACUAAAACGUCUAGUUGCUUUUUUUGUAAUGGAAAUUUAAAUUGUUUUAUCUCUAAUCUUUAUAAAAUAGUUACAUCAAAUAGAAAAACAAUUUUUAGUGCUAAUCGUCAUUUAAAUCAACAUUUUUUUCCUCAAACAUGGAGAUGUGAAUAUUUUCAAUAUAAAAAAAAUUAUAAAAUUCUUCGAUAUAAUUCAAGAAAUGUUACAAGUUUCUAUGAUGAAUUUAUUGAAAUACUUCAAGAACGUAAUAUACCACAAUAUAAAAUAGCAUUUGUUAAUAAUGAAAUUAAGACAAUAAGAAGUUACCAUUCAACGGUAGGAAAAUUAACUACAGCAUUACUUAAAGAACAAAUAUAUAGUAAUAAUAAAUAUUUAGACUUAUUAGUCAGAAUAUAUUAUCCUGAUUUUGUAGAAUUUAAUUAUCCAUUUCCUAACUUUAAAGAUAUAAACUAA